AUGAGGUAUGUGUCAGAAUACGACUCCUGGCACGGGACAAACCUCAACACAAGUCAAGGUACAGCAGGGGUGGUGAAGGAGGUGGCAGAGGACCCUGUGUUAAGUCUGGUGACGACGAGGAGGCUAGCGAAGGACUGGCCGGUACUCAGAGAUGCUCCUGUACUCCACCACUGGCUAGAUGUGGUGGAGGGAGCGGCAGGGGCGGAGGUGGGGGUGGGCGUGGUGAUGAGGGAGGAAGACCUGGACGCCCACACUCACGCCCUCAUGCGCCUCCAACACGUCUACAACCUCCACGCCGCCCAUCUCGUGCAUCCUACACCCCACGGCCCAGCACUACGAGUGUCAGACGUGGUGAGCAUAGGCAUUGCGGCGUUGGACAACAGCAUGUACGGGCGUGCUGUAGAGUGGCUCAGUGCCGCCCUUCAGCACACCCACAGACAAGGUGGUGAUGGUGAUGGACAACACAAGUGGAAUAGCAUCAGACAAGACCGACAAACACAACAGCUUAAUAUACUGCUACAUCUCUCCACUGCUGUUCACGACCAUCAGCUGACCAAGGAGAACCACGACAACCACCCAGGCAACUACCCUCUACCUUUAUCACAGGUGCCACUGGAGGUACAGAAACAAGAGGAGAACAAGGUGUUGGAGUCCCAGGAGAUGGAGACCUCAGAUGUCAUCUCCUCCACACCCAGAGACAAACAAGUGUUAUCUCUCCUGUGUCGUGGCCACACCCUCCUGACAGCAUCAGAGUCAUCACAUCUGAAGUGCCAUGUUGGCAGUCGUGGCAGUCCGUGGUUGAGGUUGAUGCCUGUCAAGGUGGAGGAACACAGCCUUGACCCUGCCAUUCUCUCCUUCCACGACUUGUUCCUCCCCCACCAGCUGGCCGUCCUGCGUCAACUGUCCAGACCCCUGCUGGAACAGGCCCGGGUACAGGGAGCAGACAAGAGCCUAACGUACAUGUACAGGUCGUCGUACAAUGCCUGGCUCAGGGGUCCAACCCACCCUGUCGUCCGCGCUGUCAACCACAUGAUUGCAGCACUCACAGGUCUGGAGAUGGAUGAGGAUAAGGAGGAGGCUGAGCUUCUCCAGACCAACUUGUACGGUGCUGGCGGCCACUAUAUACCCCACAUGGACUUCCUCGCUCUCUACCGCUCACUGUGGGAAAGUGACAACCCCGUUGAAAAGUUGAUGAAAGAGUUCCCGAAUGGUGACCGCGUCGCUACCUUCAUGAUCUAUAUGAACAAGGUGGAAGAGGGCGGGAGGACAGCCUUCCCCCGUGUAGGUGUGAGUGUGGAGCCACGUGAGGGCAGUGCUGUGUUCUGGUACAACUUGCUACCAUCAGGGAAGGGAGACCUCCGCAUGCUUCAUGCCGCCUGCCCUGUCCUACGAGGAACCAAGUGGGUGAGCAACAAAUGGAUUAAACAUUACCCACAGAUGUACCACAGACCGUGUCUACCUCUUGCUGUAUAACUACCUUCAAGUUGACCAAUUCAGUCCUUGGGUUUGUGCUUCAUCAUGUUCAACUUGUACACUUGAUGAAUUACCAGUAUUGUACUGUACCAUUUUUCUCUUGGUUUAAUUAUAAAAAAUUUGAAGUACAGUGCAGUUGUGUAGUGACACAGUCACCUCAAUACUGUACCAGUAUUGUACUGUACAGUACUGCUCUUAGUUCAUGAAUUACAGGAAGUUGGCAUUAUGAACCUUUGUCAUGAAGUUUAUACCUCAAUAAAAACAUUAAGUAAAGAACAAA